CCACAUCCCAUGCCAGUCGCACACAGCAGCCACCCCUUUCUACGUGGCCCGUUCUGCCUCGGGCGCCGACGUCGUGACGGUUUCGCGCGGCACCGGGGCGCUCAGUUGGCACCGCGUACCACCCGCGUCCACCACCGCGUCGAAGCCCGCCAUCAGUACGGCUGGACCACCCCAUCGCGCCCCAGCAGAAACCUCGUGGUGGCAGAGCUCGCCACGUAUCAACUCGUCGAGGAUUCACCGAGGAUCGCCAAGAAUUCAGCUGUCUGGAAGCACCUGGAUCAGGUCGAAAACACGCUUGAGACCUCGCCUUGCUCCGGCGAUUUUGAAGCAGCUAGCCAGUCAACCCUCUAAUCCGCACGCUUCGCCCUCCACCCUCGGACACCCGGAAAUGCUUGGCCGAAUGCGAAUCGUAAAGGAGAAAAUGUUCGGCGGUUAGACUGGCGGAGCUGAAGAGAUGCGCGUGAAGCACCCUAUUUUCGACUCUCCGAGAUCUCGUUUCCAGGUGACAAACCCUGAAGAAAAGAUACGAAGAUGCCGGUGGGUGGACGCGUCGCGGGCAAAAUUGGGAUCUACAGCUCCCAUUACAAUGGAAAAGGAUACAGCGGUAUAAAUGAGGAAAUCAUCUGGAUCAGCAUAGGCAUGGGGAUCACCAUAGCGAUCUUGAUCACCAUCGCACUAUGCUACAUCGCUCGUGAAAAGUGUCGCAAACGGCACGAAGGAUACUACACAUCUUGACGCAUGUUUCCACCUCCCUCGUGGGCAUCCUGGUCAUUUAGCCCAGCAACACCAGGAAUCCUUUUCAGUCCGACAACAUCAAGAGGCAAACCACGGGCUUACUACAUUACCGUUUAAAUUUCCGUAUCCUUUCUCGUCGGAAAAGCUCUGGAAGUCAUAAAAUCGUGACUAAAAUGCCUAAAGUGGCUAAAAUGUAUGUGAAUGCGCGCUUUUUCCUGCAUUAGCCUAGUUACCGCACAAAAGCAGAUUUUGCGAGCAAAAAAUUGGAGAUCAAAAAGUUACGAGAAAAAUUUCAAGACUUCACUUUUCUCUCUAAAAGGAAAUUAAUCGAGAGAUCGAGAUUAAGACUACUUUUCGAUGUAAAAUUUAAGUCUGAAUAUAAUUUCUUCUUCGGACUGAAUCAAUAGAAGUUGAAAUAUUGGAGAACAUACGGAUGAUGACAUAAAAUAUAAUAUUAAAAAACAUUUUUAUCCGCGAAUUGUGUUUAAUGCGUACUGCAGCUAUGCAUUAUUUUAUCUUCCCUUUUUAUCUGUCUGGAGAGAUCGAUUUUAAAUUCCUUUGACCAUAAACUUUUAUUAUACCGGGAUUUAUCUUCUCUGUGGGACACAUCUCGCGCAAAAUGCACUCCCAGAAUGGCCAAUAUCACGCGUUAUGGGACUACUGCCAAGGCUUUUCAUGAGAAAGAAGGGUAAUACUUACACCGUUACGCACACAGAGGAAGGAAACAGAUUUUCGAGAAAUGGGAGAGUAACAUUGCCUUAAAGGCUCGAAAGUUUGAUAAAGGCUAAGAGCGAACGAGAAUAGUCCGACACACGGAUUUGUAGCAAGCGAUAGCGAUUAUUCGAGGAACACUCGGCAGUAGUACUCUGACAACAGUAGUACUCUUUAAAAUUGUGAUUUCCUCUGAACGCACCCGAACUUUUUAUCUAGAAAAUCGCGUGGUGAGCGUCUCUAUUUGUGCACGUGGAAGCGUGUAAUCAAUGGACCAUUUUUCCCAUUCGCGCUCCGUAUCCUCGAAAGGAAUCUCCGGUUUUAAUGGUUUCUAAAAGACGACAUACGCAGUCGGCUGUUAGUUAAUAUCUAGUUAAACUGCACAGAUAAAAGUAAUGAUAAUUAAUCAUUAGACAACUUAAUGUAAUUGUUGGAACAAAUAGAUGAAUUGACGAACAUGUUUAUUCCCUCGCAGAAAUGUUAUCGAGGAGAAUUCUCGAAAUUUAAACGGAAAAAUCAUGGGAAAAUCCGUUUGAACAUAUCUUAAUUUUCAGGAAAGUUUCCUAAAUUCACAACUUUUGCUCGUGAAAAUGCAAAUAGAUCAGAUCAGAAUGAGAAGAAAUUUUACUGACUGAAAAGUCAGCACAAUUCUCGCUUUUAAUUACGAUAAUUUGAGUCUUUCGUUGAAGCGGCAUUCCAACUUCAUAAAAUGUAUUUCUGUUGAUUGCUUCUUAGUCCAUCAUCUUGCUUUUAUGCUUUAUUAAUAUUCUUCAAAAUACGUGGAAAUAAUUUAUAUCGACCUAUAAUAAAUAUAAUAUCUUUUAUAUUAAAUAAAAAUAAUAACUUAUAAUAUAACUUAUUAGAAAUAGACAGAUCCAAGAUUUUGCACAAAGAUGACUAUUAUUUUGCAGACACGUUUAAUUACAAAUAUAUACAAGUAUCUUUCGAAAAGUCCAUAAAUAUCAGAAGUUUCAAAAUAUGGCAUAUAAAAAUUUUAUAUAUUAAUAAUUCGUAUAAAAAUAGUGUACACAAAAAUAACGCAAAAGACGUUUAAAAAAUUAAAAGUUUUAUACAAUACCAUUUUACAACCUUUAGACAAUUUACGUUGUCUAGGAUAUUCACAUUAUGAACGCGAACGAUAUCGCCUGGUAUCGUAUUCCUUGCUCAUUCCCACUUUAAUUAGGGACAAAUGAAAGUGUCUCAUCAAAGUGUUCCCAAGCAGAAAAUUCUCACUUCAAAUGAAAAGCGCGCUGAUUUACGACUUUCACGUAUUACGAGUGCUCGUGAAUCGCGCGAUUUCACUCUUUAGCGUCGUAAAUCAUGCGCUAUUCUCAUUAGGAUAACAAGUAUUGAAGAAACUGUUUCUCAUACAUCUUGCUUCGCACAAUUCUUACGUAGCGACAAGAUAAUUUUUCCAUGAUUAUUUAUCGUGAUCGACUUUGUUAUCCAAAGCCGAAGCUCCAAUAUCCAUUUAUUUCGCGACGCUGCUACGUGGAUGCGAUAAAAUUUCAAUCCCGCGUUCUGCCUUGCUUCUCUUCCGGCAAGUAAAGGAAAUCGCUUAACUUCUUCAGACCCUUACACGCUUUCCUCCUUUGAUCGAUACUUCGGUAACACUUUAUAUUACUGGGCUGCCCCUCGCAGCUGGCGAUAGUUACAGUCUUUCUUCGUUGGCACUCUGAACGCUCGCCAAACGUACAUAUUCUGCAAAGACGUGUACUCCGACUUGCUCGAGUGAUCUCUAGAACGGUUUAAUUACACCGUCUCUUUUCUUCAAAUUCCUGUCGGGAUAAAUGUCGAAGAGAAAAGAUAUUAGAAAAGAUAUUGGUUCAUUAAAGUUACAAAAUUAAAGAACUAUUAAUACUUGAACGGAAACUUAUUGUUCGACAGGAGGAAAUUGCAAUAAAAGCGCUGCCUUUUAAUAUGACACAAUUUUAAAAGCGUAAAUUUUUAUUAAUUAUCGGUCUUAUGAACAGCUGCAAUGUUAAGUGCGAAGUGAAGUUUUCAAAGAGAUGCAAGAAUACCUGAUAUCGAUGUUACAAGAUGCAAUUUUCGUCGGAUAAUUCGCGACACAGAAAUCGAGUCACUCGAUGAUCAAGUCAAGCGCCACGAAGUUUAGCGAGGAUAUUUGUAGCUAACACGAGCGCGUGAAGGAUAGAGAGUGAACUUCGAACGUAAAUUAUUUCAGACUCUUUUGUUCUUUUUUUGCACGCGUCAGGUACGUCCAAACAACUUUAUUUACGUAGAUGUACUCUCGUUAUAUAACUUCGACUCACCUGUACGACUAUGUAAUUGGUGGAGCACACUUAGCUACGUAAUCUCGAGGCUACGAGAGAAAUUGAGAUUCAGCAUAACGUAUAUAAGAAUAUUGACCAAAACUCUAGAGUAUAUUUCUAAACUGAGGUCCUCGAGCCUCGAUCUGAAGAUACCGACUGUUAGAAAGAUUAUUAUAGAAAUACGAAUGUUUGAUGUUAGACCAGAGUUUUCCUCCGAGGCGCGUUUUCCGCCGCGAGAAAAUUCCAUUUUCCCAUUUUUCUGAUUCUACAUUUAAUUAGCAAAAUUAUUUGCUGUGAAAACAGAAAACGCGACGGUAAUGAUCUGUCACAAAAGUGCAGAAAUUUUAUAAGGAAUAUUUCGUGGCUGACAGCGUUUCGGAGAACAUUCCAUGUAGAGAGUUAUAUAUGUAUAUACUCGUAUAUCGUUGUGAUCCAAAAAUAUAUUGCAUAGAUAAUACGUGAGAGAGAUUAGUAAGUACGAAGUGGCCGGUCGUCGGUCAAUCGCGAUGGUAAAGAUAGAAAGAAAAUUAUUAAUGUGUAUCUAUUUUUAUGCGUCGUCUGUAAAAAUACUCAGCGCAUAGUUCAUCCAUCUUCUCUUCUUUAUAAAAAAGAAAAUGUUAUACAUAUCAUUUUCUUAUCGAUUGUUACAUUAUUUUUAAUUAAUAUAAAUACAGUUCUUCGAAUAGAAGUAAAUUACUCUUAUCUUAUCAAAUUACGUUACGGAGGUUCUGAGAAAGGAAGUUAAAACGUUUAUUACAAUCCGUGAUGGAUCUUUUGAUGAUUAUUCGAUAUCGCCGUCUGAAUCUAUUACGUAACGUUAUGCUUCGUUAUUUUUAAUUCACGUUGAAACUUUUCUUCGAUUAAUGAAGAUUUAUAAUGCACGUCUACGUAGCUGUGAUAAUACUAAAAGAAUACCUGUAAUACAAUUUUGAUCGAUCAGUACAAUUCCAAGGAUUUUUAAUUAUUACUGCGGAAUCAUCAAUUCGAGCGGAUUGACUUCGUGAGGGUAAGACGAUCGGCAACCUCGCACGCAAAUAAGUUGAAUAUUUCUCGCGCGAUCCAUCGCGACGUGGACUUUAGAUGUACGUAUUUUAUAAUUGUCCAGAGAGCUCCGCGCGGUCCUGCACGCGCACAUCGUAUUUUACGGACUUUAAUAUAGUACGUAACUCAACACGCGGCACUCUGCACAACGACGUAACGAUCAUACACUUUAUAGUUUGUAUUUCUACUGAAUGGUGGAAAGUAGAAUGGGUGCCGUUCGAUAUUCUAUCGCGAAUGACCAAGUCGAUAGAGAUCGCUGUAUGUAUUGAUGACCUCUUUAUUCUUUGUUUGUGCAUUUGUAACGAGAAUAAACUACUGUGUCACUCUAAA